UUCUUAUAAUUGUGGUUUAUAGCAAACCCUAGCCACCAUCAUCUAGUGGCCGUACGGCACCGCCUGGAGCCGCCACCGCCUUGAUCGGUGCUUAAUUUAGAUUGUUCGUUGAGGUGAUCGGCUCUAAAAUUUGAUCGGUAUUCUGUUGUCGGCGAGCUUGCGUUGCUGUUUUUAUUUAUUGUAUCGCUUCUUGGUCAACUUGCUAGAGAGCUGGGUAAGGUUGCACAUUGAAGAUUGUUGCAAGACUGGUUGGUGCCUAUUGAUUUUGAUUCAGUGAUGGCUGGCCAAUGGGGUUAGCUUCGCCAUUUCUGGGCAAUGAACCAAGUGGUUAAUUGAUAACCGAUGUGCUAGAAUUUGAGGGAUUUAUUUGUGGGAAAUGUUCAAAUGUAUAAUUUUCAAUAGAAAUAACUCAUCGGAAGGAGGUGUGUUCAUAGGAGCAGAGAUACAUGAAGUUGUAACUAAUUGUUUCGAUGUUUCUUUUUUUUCCUUAAAUGUCAUUUUGCAAUGUAAAAAGUCAAAAGUAACUUAGGGAGUUUAACUUUAUGGAAAUAGGAAAUGAAAUGCAAAACACACUUGAAGAUGGCUACACUAGAAAAUAAAUGAAGUAGGAAAUAUUUUUUAUUAUUUUGUUUUACGAGCUAUAUGAAAAAAAGUUGGCUUGUAUUUCCCGAUGGCUUGUAGCUCGAAUGGUUGAGCCCUCCCUUGACAUGCUUGAGGUUAGGGGUUCGAUCCCGUCGGGUGCAUAAGUGUGCGCGUGCGGGUAAAUUAACAUUAUAAAAAAAAGGUGACCUGUAUUUGCCAUUUUUGUUUAAGUUUCGGAUUCUUUUCUUCCUAAAGCUGUCGAAAGGCAACUCCUUUAUUUGUUCCAAUCAGUUCAUAAUCGUAUCCGGUUUUUAGUAUGCCUAAAGAUAGUCGAGAGCGAUCUUUGUCCCUCGACAGGGCAAGCCUAUCUCCAUUUCCUUGCAGAUCUACUUCAAGACAGCCUCAACCAAAAAACCCAUUAGAGGACGAUAAAAAUGCCAAACAAUGGGAAGAUGCUCGAUGUCCGGUUUGUAUGGAGCAUCCCCACAAUGCUAUUCUACUUAUGUGUUCGUCGCACGAGAAAGGGUGCCGUCCCUUCAUGUGCGACACAAGCUACCGACACUCGAAUUGUUUCGACCAGUUCCGGAAGUCGUUCAAAGCCACAUCAGCCGAAAUAUGGACACCGGAGGACUUAUCGAACUUGACAACAAUGCCAUUACUCUCCACAACAGUCGCUUCGGAAAACCCGGUUCCCAACCCGGAAACAGAACCCGGUCAAGAUGGAUCGGCAUCAUCGAUUCCCGCAGCUCCGCCCCAGAAGCCUAAACUAGUUUGCCCUUUAUGCAGAGGCAACGUCAACGGCUGGACUGUAGUUGAGUCUGCCCGUGGCUUCAUGAACGCAAAACCGAGAACCUGCGCGAGCGAGACGUGCGAUUUCAACGGGACGUACACAGAGCUGCGGAAGCACGCUCGAUCGAUACAUCCUCUUGUGAGGCCAACGGAUACCGAUCCCGAACGACAGCGAAACUGGCGGAGAUUAGAGAGGCAGAGAGACCUCGGAGAUUUACUUAGCACACUACAAUCGUCGAUCGGAGAAGAAAGGACCGACGGAAGCACAUUGACUCUCGAGGAAGGCGGUUGGUUGACCGUUUUUUUACUAGUUCGAUUUAUUCAGCCCGGAAAUUCGUCUUCUAGUAGAUCUAGAAGCACCCGAGCCCGAGCUCAAGUUGCUCUCCGUAGGUACCCGAGAAGACUUUGGGGCGAAACGUACGAUAAUGUGGAGCAGCGAUACUCGAGAGACGACGAAGGAAGUGAAUCUUUGGAUAAUGGGGUUCGGGUUCACCGACGCAAUGUGCGGAGGCGUUUGAAUAAUACCGAAAACCAAAACCAAAAUCAGAACCAGAACCAAAACGAUAACCAAGAACGGUAGGGAAGAUCCAAAAGAGCUAUUUGGAUCAAGAGGUUGUUUGAAUUGUAUUGCUUUAUGUUGUGACUUGUGUUGAUGAUGAUUAUAAUAUGAGAUGAUUGAUAUAUGUUUUUACUUA